GAGACCUGGCACGAUGCUGUGGCUGCUAUUCCUGACCCUCCCCUGCCUGGGGGGCUCUGUGCCUAUGAUCCCAGACCCUGGCCCAGGGGCUGACCUUGUGGGCAUCGGCAGGGGGCAUAAUGCCCCUCCCGGGAAGUGGCCAUGGCAGGUCAGCCUGAGGGUCUUCAACAAAGAACAUGGCCGGUGGCAGCAUGAAUGUGGGGGUUCCCUCAUCCAUCCCCAGUGGGUGCUGACCGCUGCCCACUGUGUUGAACCGGACACAUCGGAGCCACAGAAAUACAGGGUACAAACUGGACAAGUGAAGCUCUAUGACCAUGACCAGCUGUACAAGGUCGCUCAGAUCAUCCGCCACCCCAAGUUCAACAUGACCCUGUCUGCUGCAGGGGGUGCGGACAUCGCCCUGCUGAGACUGGAGGCCUCCGUGACGUUCUCGGAGAACGUCAGCCCCGUCCCUCUUGCUCCUGAUUCAUUGCUGCUCAUCCCUGGAAUGAAGUGCUGGGUGACUGGCUGGGGCACCUUUGGGGUACAUGCACUGCUGCCCCCGGCUGAGCACCUGCAGGAGGCCGAGGUCCUUAUCAUGGGGAACCAGGCUUGUAAGGAGAUGUAUCUGCAGGAUUCACCAGCCGGCAGCCAAAGCACCAUCAUCAAGGACGACAUGCUGUGUGCCGGGAGGAAGGGGCGCAGCUCCUGCCAGGGCGACGCCGGAGGCCCCCUGGUUUGUUACUGGUACAACACAUGGCUCCAAGUUGGGGUGCUGAGCUGGGGCACGGCCUCCGGGCAGCAUGACUAUCCUUGGGUCUACACCCGAGUGAUGACCUACUCAUCCUGGAUCCGCCAGCAUGUCCCAUUGGAGCCUUGAUGGCCUCGUGCGGGUGAGGAGCCGGGGACCUGUCCUCAGGGUCACCCCUGUGGCUUCCCCCAUUCAGUACCACCACCUCUUCUGUGCCCUGCUCCCAGCCCUGCGCCCAGCGCCCUGCGCCUCGUCCUGCCCUGAUCUCGGGACUUAAGAGGCCGCUAGCAGCUCAGAUGUUGGUGUCUCCCUACAGCGCGGGGGUUGGUGGGCAUGCCAGGGACCAUGCCUCUUGUUCACUGUUUGUCACCCCAUUAAACUGUGUGAAAAGCAGCCA